UAUGUUAGAGUAAAGUUUGAUUGAUUUAGGAUUUUAUUUACAUCUCGUGAUCCAGCUCAAUCAUUUCAUCUUAACCCUAUUACCCUAACCCUGUAACCUACAUACUUAUCAUUGAGGUCAUGGUAUUCUCAGUACCUUAUCAUUAGAGCUGUUUAAAUGAUAUAGUAGCUGUCCUAAAUAUGUCUAUCAACUCAUUCUUCGCAUCCUAUUGAGAACUUUGUCAAUUAAAGAGGAGGGGAUUUGUGUUCCACUUGGCUGCUAUCUAGGUUGUUAUGCUUAUCAUUGUGACACACCCUGAUAAGGAAUGCCACACCCGACACACUUUUAAAAUCUGGCACCAUCGGGGCGUAUCAUUACCGCCUGAGAGGACACAUUGUGACGGAGCAUUACUUGCCAAUUACGGCUGUUUACCUCCAUCAAACUAGAGGCCCCCUGUCUACACUCUGUGUAGCUAUAGUAGAGAACCGUUCUGCAUUACAAGCUAUUUCCUUCUCAGAUGGUAUAAAGGGUCACAUGAGGUCAAUGGUUCUGACCUUCACAUGACGGCACAUUUCGAUGAAUACACAUCCCUCUUAACGUGAUAGUGAAGCCGUGAACAAUCAAAGCUUUCAUGGACUCACCAUCCAAUCUCCAUUUUGGAUCUCUUCUUCAUGGUGACCUUACGGUGUAGGUUUCGUCCUGGUGCACACAUGUCUUCUCAUAUGUCAGCUACCCAUCUGAUGGCAGAGUUGUGGAUAAACUGAUCCUCGAUCUGUGCCACUGGGCUACUCUCACCUACCCCCCCUCUCGCUGUGACCUUGCAGCCCGUCCCUGUGUGGCAUUGCCUUACAGCGGCUCAGCAAUCUCCCAGCAACACACACAUUGUCUUUGUGACACACAUUCUGUGCAUAUUUUCACUGGCACACAUAGAGAACACACAGGGAAACUCUUGCUGAGGCCUUUCCCCCCUACACACACACACACACACACUCAUACCAAUCGCAGAGAGUGCUUUGUGCAUUCACCGACGGACUGGGCAGCUACUGAAGAGAGAGAGAAAGAGAGGGAGGCUUGGUGGGAGGAGGGAGAUGGAGACAGCAAGAGACAGAGGGAGCAGACCCAGACAGAUAGAGAGAAGAAGAGAUAUAAGAUGGGACACGUCCAGUAAACACUAAACUGGUGGGAAAAGACGUGAGCAGGACAGGACAGGAAAGGCAUCACAGAAAUAGGAAGGGAAACGGGGCUUGUCCCACAGAGAGGAAGGAGAGUUGUUGUUAAAGUGGCUGGGGGGGACUGAUGGGAUGGCAUUGAUCUCUGGGAGCUGCCGGCUCCUGGGCCAGAUGGCGUCUUGUUGCUGCAGACCGCUGCUCAACUCCUCCUGCUGUGGACCGCUCAUCAAAGUGUGCCUCUCCUCCUUCACAGACAUCUCUCCUGCUGAGCUGGAUGCUCUUUGGAGGGAACCACCAUAUACUCUUGGGGAUACAAAUGAACACUUCUCAGGAAAUGACAUCAUGACUCAAGGUGAAGAGGAGGAUGGUCCCGUGUUGGAGUCAGGUGAAGGAGAUGACAGCUACUGGAAGAAGAAAGAGGCCUUCUUUAGAGGAAGCACUAUGUCACUGGGAGAGAAAUUCUCCUCAGAAAUUGAGCUGCAGUUCACGGGGCGGAGGCGCUCCAGCGAGGAGCCGGACCAGGCCCUACAGGAGGCGCUGCGCACCCGACUCCGAGUGGUGGAGAGCCACAGCCAAGAUGUCAUCCAGCUCUUUAAAGACCUGUCUGCACGUCUGGUGUCUGUCCACGCUGAGAAGGACAGCUUCGUGCUCACAUUCAAGACUAUGGAGGAAAUCUGGAAGUUUUCAACUUACCUAGCAUUAGGCUACGUGGCUCGCUGCCUGGAGAACUUCCUGUGUGAUCAGUCCAUCUGGCUGGACCCAGAGCUGCUCAGCGACCUGCAGAUCAACGUAACAGUGGACGAGGAACAUCUGGCCACCCUCUACCUCGGACUUGUUCUCCAGGAGGGAUCCUUCUUUGCUAAGGCGCUAUUCACGAGAACUAAUCAGGAUGAGUACGAUGAAGAGCAGCUGUCGUUCCAAAAGAACGACCUGCUGAUGGUGAAGGACACCGGGCAGGACGACAUGUGGGAGGCCACCAUGCUGUCCACUGGAAACCACGGCCUGGUACCAGUCAACGCCAUGCAACCGCUGCCUUACCCCUUCUAUCAAUGGUUCCUGAGGAAGUACCCAGGCAGCGUGGGAUGCUCGCCAACAGAAAAGGAACAAUUUGAACAUUCAAUCGUGACGGGUUCCUGUGUAGCGGUGGUCGACUACAGUCCAGUGAGCCCGGAUGAGCUUCAGCUGAGUCAGGGUGACGUUGUGGAGAUCCAGGGUCUACUGGUCCGAGGCCUGGACGUGUUCAUAGGGACGCACAUGUCCACGGGUCAUACUGGUUUCAUACACAAGGCCCACGUCAAGCCUCUGGACACCAAACCCCUAGACAAAUGCUUGGUCUUUCUGACCGAGGAGGAGAGGGCCAUUCUGGCUCAGGUUAACCCCUGUAGCUCUGAGCCGAGUGACAGCGGCCUGCUGGAUAGACUCUUCGCGUCUGACAUCCGCUCUGUGUACAGGCUAGACAGACUGGACGAAUCUGACUUCAAGUACAUCAGAACUCGGCCAAAACAUGAUCAUAAGGUCCUUCCGAGCGCCCGUCAGAGCCUCAUUUCAGAGAGAAGCGCCGGGACGCCCUCGUUCUUCUCCUCUCCUCGCACCUCUGUCUCGCAGUCCUCCACUCGCUUGUCCCUCUAUCAAUCCCACAAUCCUCUGCCGCGCGAGGGAGAGCGCCUGUCCUUCACUCUGGACGAUACGUUCAGAGAGCUGGAUGAGUUCCGGGAAGACCCGCCGCUCUUCUUGGAGGAGAACAGCUGGGAGGGGGAGGACUCGGAGUUCAGUGACCCCACGUUGACCCUGCUCAACCAGGAACACUUCCAGGAGGACUUCUUGCCCCUGUACGACCUGCAGUACUCCUUCCUGUGGGUGACCUUCAGUGGGAAGACUGAGGAUGAGCUAUUGGGGCACCUAGAGAGUGUCAGGGAGAACGCCAAGAGGAUGGGAUUGCACUGGGCACGUCGACGGGCAUGCUUCCUCCUGGGAAGACUCUGUGCCCGCAAGCUAAAGCUCUCCCAGGCCCGUGUGUACUAUGAGGAAGCUCUCAGUGUUCAAGUGGACAGUUUCUCUGACACGCCACUCCUCGUUGCGCUCUUCACAAACCUCACCGCCGUCUACCUGAAGCAGCGUAUGACAGACAAACUGCCUCAGACUCUGGAGAAGGCCAGCGCCCUGCUCAUCUGUCUCCCCUGCCACACCUUCACCUCCACGGACGAGUUCGAACUGCUGCAGCUGCUCCUGAGGAGGUCGGUGGUGACGGCGGACAAACACCUGGAGGCUCGCAUCUGCUAUCUCGCCUCCACCCUCUUCCUGCUUCGCAAGAAGACCGAUGACGCCCUCCCCUUUAUCGAGCGACUCCAGUUCCUCUCUGUGACUCUCUCUGCCACCGAGGGGCGUCCCAUAGUUCCUCUGGACCUCAACUGGCUCCUGAGCUGGCUCUAUCAUCGUAAAUACAUGCCUUACUUAGCGCUGGCCUCUCUGAGCCUGGAUUCAAGGCAAGAUCACUCCCUCCACGACGCUUUCCAGAGGAUUGAGUUGUUCAUCAGGAACUCUGUUCGCCUGAACCCGUGCUGGAGGGAAGGAACCUCCCUGCUUCCCGCCCAGAUUGUGAUUUACCUCCAGCAGGCCCUGCUUAUAGCUGAGCAAGAGGAGGACCUGAAGACCCAGAGGGACCUGUGUCAAGGCCUGGCCACAGUUUACCAGCAGUAUGAUGCUCUAGAUAAGGCGGUGCACUGUGCUCAACGAGCUGUGGAGACAGGAGGUCACAUCCAUGAGGAGGAGGGCUUUGAGGCCUCCGUGCAGCUCGGGUGGCUGCUGGUGUUGGCGGGCCAGGCUGAGAGGGCCCAGAGUGUCCUACAGCCACUGCUCACAUCUCUCCAGGGCACUGACGGUCCCACGCAGCGAGGAGUGAUCCACAACCUCUUGGCGUUGUGUCUGAGGCGACAGGGUCGCAUCCCGGAGGCGGGCUGGCAUCUCCACUCCGCCUUGGUGAUCUCCAGGGAAAGUGGAAACCAGAGGAACCAGGCCCUGGCACUGGCCAACCUGGGCUGCCUGGCACUGGAUGCGGGGGCAUCUUUGGUGGCAGAGCGCUUCCUGGGCAGAUCCCUGCAUAUUUUUAUGGAGCUCUCGGAAAGCCCCACAGAUGAGGAGCAUGUCCAGACCUACCUUUGGCUGGGUCGGAGCUACAAGGACAGGAGGAAGAAUCAGGACAGCAGGACGUGUUAUGAAAUGGGGCUACUAAUCGCUCUACAUGCCAAAAACUUACACAGUCAGAUGGUGGUGGCCAAGGUGCUGAGUCGUCAGUACGCUAACAUGCUGCUGUUCGGCCAGAGUGUCGUCUACUAUGAGCACUGUGUGUCGGUGUCCAGAGAGCUGAAGGACAAGAAGCUGGAGGGAAAGUAUCUGGAAAUCCUCAGCAGCAUCUACCUCUCACUCAACACUGAAAGAUCAUCUCGUAAAUCUCUGGACUACACCAAGCAGAGCCUGAGGAUUUCUAUUGACCUGGGCAAGAGAGAGGAAGAGUCAGAGACCUGGCUGCAGGUGGGACGCAUCUACUACCUCAUCUACGAGGACGAGCUCGCCGACAUGUACCUGCAGGCAGCGGUGAAGACAGCCCUGAGGAUGAACGAUCAUCACUUUGCCAUGAGCAUCUACGAGGAGGCGGGAGACGUCUACUUUAAAGGCGUCAGGAACCGGAUGGCCUCGGUGCCUUUCUUCAGGGAUGGCAGUCUGCCGUUUGCGCGGAGCAUCAAGGACGUCCAUUCAGAGUUCCGUUUGUUGAGUAAACUGACGGAGUUGUUAAUGGACCAGGGAGAGCAGGAGGAGGCUCUGCAGUACGCCACGCUGGCUGUUGAGAUCGCCAGCAAAACAGGUGUGAAUGUGAAUGAGAGGACAGCCUACCACCGGCUGGCUACCGUCUACUACAGCCUGCAGCAGUAUGAGAUGGCAGAGAACUACUACCUCAAGUCCCUGACCCUCUGCUCGCCUGUCCUAGAGGGCCCCAUGGAGGCACGCUACUACACCAAGGUGUACUGCCGACUCGGCAAUCUCACUCUACACAAACUGAAGGACUCUUUUGAUGCGGUGGGCUACUUCCACUUGGCUCUUGCGGCGGCCCUGGAGGACCCAGCUAACCCCGAGGCUCUGUACGUGGUGUACAUGAAGCUGGCCGAGAUCCACGGCAACCACAUGCCUGACGCUCAGCUGUGCCAAGAAUACAGAGACAAAGCCCAGAGUCUGAAGGGAGUUCUGGCUGGAGAGGAAGGCGCUGCUGUCAGAGAGGAUGUGGACGCAGGGCCUGGCCAAAAUAUGGAAGAGAAAGAAAGUUUGGCUCAGAGAAACGUCACUUUCACUUCACCUGAAAACGAAAAAUGCGAAGAUAACUUGAGAACGUGCAUAAUCCAUGGUGACACAGAGGAUAGAUGUACAGACACUAAUAUUGGAGAUAAUCACAACAUGCAUCUUGAUGCAGAUGUGGACGCCUUUGGGUUUGAGACGGAAACCAUCGCCAGUCAGGACAGUAAUUUCACGGAGUCCUUUGAUACAGCCAAGGAGCAGAUGUCAGACUCCAGCAGUUCCACUGACACUUUACAGACUCACCACAAUCAAACAGACGGGAAGGACUUUGAUACCGACCACAGCGUUCUCAGUCAUCAUCACAAAAGUGACAUCACUGACGCCCAAAACACACCCACAGACAAACAAAACACCCCCACUAAAGAAAUAGACACGUAUGCAGAUGAUGAGUACAAUCAGUCUUAUACUACCGAAUCACACUGUUAGCAUUGACGCUGAUAAAGCUGUAAGUGUGGAUGACUAGAGAGACAAACACUUAGAUGACGUCUACACAUAGUCUCCCAGUGGCACUUUAUCUUCUUCACUGACAUUUCCUCCGUCUGGUCACAUGUUUCUUGACCAGCUCCAACGUUCCAGCCAUAUGGCACUUAUUGUAGGAAAGAUAAUGUCAAUACUGUUAACUUUUCAGAAAGUUAGUAACUCUAAAGCAUGUGCCUUUUGUAUAAUAUAUUCUGGGGUUAUUAUACAGUGCAUUGUGCCUGUAAUGUAUGUUUUCUAAUUAUGUUUUUGUAUCUCUGGAAGAUAUGACUCAAACAUAAAGAAUGGUAUUUUGUAUGGUGAAUGUUUAUUUGUGCUGUUGUUUAUUAAAAUAUGGGAGAAAUA